ACCAUCUCCACUGUUCUCUAUCAUAAUGGGAAGAUUGACUCCAGCUUUCUCGUUUUCUUUGCUUGCUUCUUUAGCUUUAGGAUUCGUCCUUGUGGUUCAAGCCCAACAAAAUCCAGGUUUUAUCAGCAUUGAUUGUGGGGCAACUAAUGCAUAUAUUGAAGAGGAAAACAACAUAGCAUACCAAACAGAUGAAGGUUUCAUAGACUCUGGAAAGAACAUGCAGAUAUCCACGGAGGUCAUAUAUCAAAGAAGUCUACAGUUGGCGAAAAAUUUAAGGAGUUUUCCCAACGGAACAAGGAACUGUUACACUUUAAGACCAGAUCGAGGCAAGAACAACACCUAUCUCAUUAGGGCAUCAUUUUGGUAUGGGAACUAUGAUGGGAAGAAUCAGACUCCAACAUUUGACCUAUACAUUGAUGCUAAUCAUUGGUUCACGGUGUGGUCUUCGAUUUAUUUCUAUGAAGAAAUGAUGUACGUGUCCCAGGCAGAUGAUAUACAAGUGUGCCUUGUGAACACUGGUAAUGGAGUGCCCUUCAUUUCGGCGUUGGAACUAAGAACUCUUGAUGAUGACAUCUAUCGAUUGGGAUCUGGAUUCUUACAAGCCCAUUGGCGGUACGACAUUGGACUAAGCUCGAAGACUUACAUCAGGUACCCUAUCGAUGUUUACGAUCGAAUCUGGACAGCUCAAAACUAUAAUUGGUCCAUACUCAACACCACGUCUGCCAUUGAUUUAUCUGAGGAUAAUGAUGCGUAUAAGUACAAUGUUCCUGGGGAAGUUCUUCGGACUGCUCAGAGAUCAAUGAAUGCCAGUCUUCCCAUGGAUUUACAUUGGACACCUUCGAUCUCGUUAUCCACAAAGAAAUGGAUUGUGUACUUUUAUUUCGUGGAAAUUGAGAGACUGACGAGUGGCGUGCAGAGGGAGUUCGUGAUUUCUAUAAAUGAUCAUCAAUUCACGAAGACGGUGAACCUUGAAUACUUGAAGCCAGUGGUUGUGGUUUCCACUCCAGUUAGCGGGUCGUUCAUCACCUUCUCAAUUGAAUCGACGAAUAAGUCUGGAUAUCCACCGAUCCUCAAUGCUGUAGAGUUCUAUACUGUUGGUGAUCUUCCAUACGUGCCCACAGCACAAGAUGAUGUAAAAGCUAUCAAUCACAUCAAGGCAACGUAUCGCAUUAAGAGAGAAAGCUGGCAAGGUGAUCCGUGCGUACCAAGCAAUUACACAUGGGAAGGUCUUAAUUGUAGCUAUGGAAAUCCUCCAAGGAUUAUAUCGCUGAGAUUGAGCUCAAGCAAUUUGAUGGGCGACAUAGUCUCAUCACUUUCACAUCUAUCAAGAUUGGAAUACUUAGAUUUGUCUAACAAUCAGCUUACGGGAGCAAUACCAGAAACUCUGGCAGAAUUAUCACAUCUUAGAUUUUUAAAUUUAAGUGGAAACAACCUAACUGGGUCAGUUCCUGAGGCUCUUAAGAAAAGGGUAGUGGACAAGACUUUAAACAUGAGUUUGACAGGAACUGCGACUCUUUGCCUAGCUGAUCCUUGCCCGCAGAAAAAGAAAAAACGUGACAUCCUCAUUCCAGUUGUUGCAUCAGUUUCAGGCUUCUUAGUAAUUCUCUUUGGUACUUUGGCUCUAGUUUGGUUAAGUAAACGUAAGCAAAUAGCAGAAUCUAGUAAAAGGACGCUGAGAUUAAAGAAUCGACCUUUUAAGUAUAGAGAGGUUUCAAGGAUCACUGGGAACUUUGGACAAGUGAUUGGUGAAGGUGGAUUUGGGAAGGUAUAUCUUGGUACUCAAGAUAACGGCACUGUAGUUGCGGUGAAGAUGCUCUCUGAAUCAUCAAAGCAAGGGUACAAGGAAUUUCAAGCAGAGGCACAGCUCUUAAUGAUUGUUCACCACGGAAACUUGGUUUCUCUGUUGGGAUAUUGCAAUGAUCCCAAACACAUGGCAUUAAUAUAUGAAUACAUGGCUAAUGGAAAUUUAAGGCAACAUUUAUUAGAGGACCAUCUGAAGGUCUUGACAUGGAGUAAGAGGCUACAAAUAGCUGUGGAUGUAGCACAAGGUUUGGAUUAUUUGCAUAACGGUUGCAAGCCGCCUAUCAUCCAUAGAGACUUGAAGACUACUAACAUCUUGUUGAACGAAGAUUUCCAAGCUAAAAUAGCUGAUUUUGGCUUGUCAAGAGUUUUCGCUACUGAAAACGACUUUUAUGUGUCAACUUGUCCUGCGGGCACUCCCGGCUACCUAGACCCCGAGUUUCAAUCUUCUGGAAACUUAAACAAGAAGAGUGAUGUUUACAGUUUCGGAAUCGUACUCUUUGAGCUGAUCACGGGCCGACCUCCAUUAAUGAGAAGCCGGGAUGGCAGCACCAGCAUGCACAUACUUCAAUGGCUUAUUCCUAUCAUUGAAAGAGGUGAUAUACAAAGCAUUAUGGAUCCAAGAUUGCAAGGAGAAUUCGACAUCAACUCGGCUUGGAAAGUAGUGGAGAUUGCUAUGUCUUGUACGCGACCGACAGCGAUCCAAAGGCUGGACAUAAAUCAUGUAUUGGCAGAGCUGAAGGAGUCUCUAGUGAGCAAAUCAAGUGGUUCUUUUGAAAUGACCUCCUUGGAGCUCCAUUCUGACAAUGUCCCUGGGGCAAGGUAGCAGAGGCUAGUUUCUUCUUAAGUAAAAGAUUAACUUUUGUUGGCAAAUUUUUACUAUAUUUUUGGGAUUGCAUCAUCCAUUUCCCUUUUCUUUUCUGUGAUCGAAUCUUCGAAUCUCGUUUUAUAACAAUG